GCAAGCCUGUCAAACACAACAGACGAAGAAAGCGCCGAGCGGGAACUAGCACGCGUGAUAGACAAGGAGGAUUUCUCAUCCAUGGAGAUCAUCGGACAGUUCAACCUGGGUUUUAUCAUCGCCCGACGUCGGUUGCGAGGGAAGAAACCAUCAGUACAGAGCUCAGAUGACUCGCAAACAGGGCUGGAUUCGUCUGCAAAUGCUGAGCUGGAUGAUUUGUUCAUCAUUGACCAACAUGCUGCGGAUGAAAAGUACAACUUCGAGACUUUGCAGCAGACGACGAGGAUUGAUUCGCAGAGGUUGUACAAGCCCCGCCCAUUAGAGCUAACAGCAGCUGACGAACUCCUUGCUCUCGAGAACAUCGACAUUCUCAAGAGCAACGGCUUCGAAGUUACUGUCGAUGAGGACGCUGAACCAUCGCAGGGCCGCAUUAAGCUCGUCGCUCAACCAGUCAGCGGGAGCACGAACUUCGACAUGAAAGACCUCGAGGAAUUACUGCACCUUAUGCAAGACAAACCGGCAGGUCAGAAAAUGGUACGAUGCUCCAAAGCACGCGCGAUGUUUGCUAUGCGAGCAUGUCGGAAGAGUGUCAUGAUCGGGAUGGCAUUGAACAAUUCGCAAAUGGUUUCUAUUGUGCGUCACAUGGGUACUAUGGAUCAACCUUGGAACUGUCCUCACGGGCGACCAACAAUGCGUCAUCUAACUAGUUUGAGCAACACCUCACUU